AUGUUCUGUAUUCUCAGAUACAAUGAACAACAAAGAAAUGUGUCCUAUGUUCCUGACCGUUUUGAAGCUUCUGAUGUUGUACUUCGUCCAGAUGGUCUUAUAAUAUAUGUUGUAUUUGACAAUACCAUUCUAAUCGGUGCCUUUUGUACGCCGUUGGCUACUCGAACUAUGAAUUGUACUGACAAAUUGCUCUAUUGGUCCAAUAAUACAUUCAAUAAAGCUAAAUCAGAAUUUGAAGGUAUAACCUACAAUUCAUUGCAAGACACAUAUUUUAUAGUACAAGAAACGAUUCCAUCGACUAAUACUCCAGGUGUAUAUAACUCGAAAAUUUUUGAAAUUCAAAUAGCAAAAGAUCAUUCAUUUCCGUCCAUACGUCUUAUCCAAUCAUGUAAAGUGAACUGGACUUUUGAUUCAAGUAGUAAAGGAUUUGAAGGACUUCAAUUUAUGACACAUCACAAGAUGGGUAAAAGUUAUUUACUUGCAUUAUGCGAAGCUAAUAAAUGUACGGUUCAAACUGCACACAACCAUUCAAUUAAUGUUGUCGGACACGGAAAGCUUAUUGUAUUGGAGAAACAUGAAGCUAUACAUAAUGGUGAGUCAACCGUUUCUUUUCAAGAAAAACAAUUUUUCUUCCCAAUUCUUUUAGACCCUUGUCUAUGGGUAUCAGUAGGUAUCGUCAAUCUACCCUCUGAUCUUGAGUUUGUUGAUUAUUCUGCAGUAUCAACUUAUUCUCAAAAUUCAUUGAUCUAUAUUGCUGUAACAAGUCAAGAAAAUAGUCAAGUAUGGAUAGGUACAAUAGAAGAGAUUGAUCAGAGCCCAUACUUUCGAAUAACACCAUCAAACAGAAGUAGUGUGUACAAUAUACCACAAAUAAUUGGCAAUGGCAAUACGUGUGAAACACAAUAUUGUAAUAUAGAAGGUGUUGCAUGGGUAAAUGAAAAUCAACUCGUUCUAGUAUCAGAUCAAGAAAAAGCAACUCAAGGAGUAGUAUGUUCUUUUAAAGAUGAAAGUAUUCAUUAUUUUUUAAUUCCAAAUGUGAAAGAAUCUAUGGCUACGUAUCCUAGCUAUUGUUCAAGUUUGCUUCUUUUCUUAACUCUCUAUACUAUAUUUUACUUCCCAUCGCAUUGA